AAAAGUUAAAAAGAGUUGGUCAGAUCGUGCAGAUAGUAGUCUCUCUAUAAUGUCCGGGCUGAGGCAGCUAAUGAAAGUGGAUUCAAGAGCUAGAAGAGAAAGACAAGUAGUAUUAUAGAGAUGGCUGAGAAAGACAAUAAGCUUCACAUAGCAUUAUUCCCAUGGCUAGCUUUCGGCCAUAUGAUCCCCUUCCUAGAGUUAGCCAAACUCAUUGCUCAAAAGGGUCACCGUGUCUCCUUCCUCUGCACCCCUCGAAACAUCAAUCGCCUCCCAAAACUCCCACCCAACUCGAUCAACUUUGUAAACCUGCCAUUGCCACACGUCGAAGGUCUUCCUGAGGAUGCAGAGGCCACGAUCGAUGUUCCAUACCAUACGAUCCAAUACCUUAAGAAAGCUUAUGAUGGUCUCCAAGAAUCGGUUACCUUGUUCCUUCAAUCUUCGAAUCCCAAUUUGAUAAUUUAUGAUUUUGCCCCUUAUUGGGUAGCUCCAAUUGCAUCCAAAUUAGGUAUAAAAACCUCCUUCUUUAGCAUAUUCAUAUCACCAACUCUCGGUUUUAUGGGACCCCCAUCGGUUUUGAAAGGCGAGAGCAGUGUUAAUUAUGAAAUCAGAACCAAGCCUGAGGACUACACGGUUCCUCCAAAAUGGAUCGAUUUCCCAACAACGGUGGCGUUUCGUUACUUCGAGAUCAAGCGGAUAUUCGACAGCAUGUCACCUAACGAUUCGGGAGUUUCGGAUGUAUACAGAAUCGGAGCCGGAAUCGAAAGCUGUGACGUGGUGGCCAUUCGAGGCUGCAUCGAUUUCGAACCCGAAUGGUUUCGGCUGCUUCGGAAUAUUUACAACAAACCGGUUUUGCCAAUCGGUCAGUUAUCCCCAGCUGGCGAUCAAAAUGAUAACGGAGGUGAUGAAACAGAGACAGAGACUUGGUUGAAGAUGAAGAGUUGGUUGGACAAGCAAGAGAAAGGUAGUGUCGUGUACGUGGCAUUCGGAUCUGAAGCGAAACCGGGACAAGAAGAAGUUACUGAGAUAGCUUUUGGGUUGGAAAAGUCUCAAUUGCCCUUCUUCUGGGUACUAAGAUUAACUCAAGCAGCCGCUUUACCGGCAGGGUUCGAAGAGCGAGUCGAAGGACGUGGAGUGGUGUGGAAGACUUGGGCUCCUCAGCUGAAGAUUCUAGCUCAUGAAUCGGUCGGGGGACACUUGACUCACUCUGGGGGGAGCUCUGUGGUUGAGUCUCUUAAGUUUCAGAGAGCUUUGAUAUUGCUGCCCUUGACUGCUGAUCAAGGAAUAUAUACUAGGAUCUUGGAGGAGAAGAAGAUGGGUCGUUGCGUACCGAGAAAUGAAAGAGAUGGGUCGUUUACCAGUAAUGCCGUGGCCGAGUCUCUUAGGUUGGUGAUGGUUGAAGAAAAUGGGAAAAUUUACAGAGAAAGAGUGAAGGAAAUGAGUGAACUGUUUGGAGAUAUGGAUAGACAAAACCGAUACUUGGAUGCAUUUCUGGACCAUCUCAAAUGCCAUUAAACGUUUUAUUUGCUUGACAUCUUUUAUGCUUUUUCUUGUUUUAAUUCCUUCCUCCUAUCUUCCCAGUCCAAUUUGGCCAUAUAAUAAGGUUGAUUUGGUAAAAAAUAAUGAUGGCCGUUAAUUAAUUUUGUGGGUGGCUUAAAAUUAUUGAUUGCAUAAUGUUGGAUAAA